AUGUCUACCAUGGAGUCUAAGACACCAGAUGCUGUCGAGACUGGAGAGAUUGGUCAGAACAGAAGGUCCAGCAUCUCCGAGGACAAGCGGCCAUCAGAGGAAUCUAGAACGCCGACAGAAGAGGUCCUCUUUGCUGCUGGAGUCGGACUCAGGGCCGAUGAUCCUACUCUGCCAUGCCUCACUCUCCGCAUGUGGGUGAUUGGCAUUGGAUUCUGCCUCGUAGGCAGCGGCGUUAACACGCUGUACACAUUCCGGUUCCCAUCAGUCACUUUGUCCCAGUCUGCCAUCCAGUUCCUGGCAUACCCAGUGGGCAAAGCUUGGGAGCUUGUUGUCCCAGAUUGGGGCGUGACUCUUUUGGGGGUUCGCCACAGCCUCAACCCUGGCCCAUUCAACUAUAAGGAAAACAUCCUCAUUUACAUCCUAGCCAACCUAAGCUACCUGACCCGUCUAAGUGCCGACGUCUUAACCGAACAGCGCGUAUUCUACGGUGCCGACACCAACUGGGGCUUCGAAAUCACCAUUACGCUCGCUACAAUUCUCUUUGGCUUCUCCCUCGCUGGCUUUGGCCGAUCCCUUGUCGUCGAGCCACAAAGUUUGGUAUGGCCCGGCGUGCUUGCCAACACGGCGUUGAACGCAGCUUUGCAUCCCGCAGGAAAAGAGGACGAAACCGAGGCCAAAUGGAGAUCUUCUCGUUACAAAUUCUUUCUCAUCGCCUUCUCGGCUGCAUUUGUCUGGUACUGGUUCCCAGACUUCAUCUUCCCAGCGUUGAGUUAUUUCACCUGGGUGUGCUGGGCGGCGCCUCGCAACCCAGUGGUGAACCAACUUUUUGGCAUGAAGAGCGGCAUUGGCCUUUUGCCAUUCACAUUUGACUGGUCGCAAAUUUCGUACAUUGGCAGCCCCCUCGUUGUCCCGACGUGGGCCAUCCUCAACACUCUUGCGUCAGUCGUCUUCUGGAUCUACAUUGUCACUCCUGCGAUUUACUACACGAAUACUUGGCUUUCGGCACAUCUUCCUAUCCAGAGCAACUCCAUCUUCGACAACAGGGGCUUGGCGUACAAUGUCAGCCGUGUCAUCAACAAAAAAGGCGGCUUCGUUUUUGAACCUGAGAAAUAUGAAGAAUACUCACAUAUUUAUCUUCCAGUUACUUAUGCCCUUAAUUCUUUUGGCCUAUGCUUCGCUUGCAUCUCAUCACUCUUCGUCUGGAUGUUCCUUGAGAAACGACACGAGAUUGCAAAGGUAUUCCGAGAAUCUCAGCUUUCCACGCUGUUUGGACGCAACAAGGAUGCCAGACCAAGCCUUCAGCCCCAGUACAGCAACGUUCCCCUAUGGUGGUACGCAGUUGCGCUUCUCGUAUCCAUGGGGCUCGGCAUCUUUGCCUGCGAGUUCUAUCCCGUGCAGCUGCGCUGGUACGGAGUCAUUUUUGCCAUGUUUGUGUCUGCAGUCUUUUAUCUUCCACUGUCUUGGGUCUAUGCCACGACCAACAUGAGAGUCCAAAUUGACAUCUUUUGCCGCAUAAUCGCCGGCUAUGUGUGGGAAGGCAAGGUCCUCGCCAACAUUUGGUUCUUUGAUCUGGGCUACAUUUCCGGCAUCAAGGCUCUCGCGUUUGCCCAAGACCUCAAGCUGGGAAUAUACUGUAAUAUUCCACCAAGACACCUAUUCGUCGUCCAAGUCGUAGGCCUCAUCAUGGGAACCAUGGGCCAAGUCGCCGUCCUCAAUUGGGCUUUGAGCCACGUCCCCGACAUUUGUUCCCUGACUGCAAACAACGGCUUCACAUGCCCCUAUUCUCGAACUCACUUCAACACCAGCAUGGUCUGGGGCGCUUUAGGCCCUCGCAGAUUCUUCGCUGACGGGACCUUGUAUCGCGGCCUCCUGUGGUUCUUUCUGGUGGGAGCUAUAUUGCCCAUCAUCGUAUACGCCAUGAAGAAGGCAUGGCCGAAGCAGCGGUGGCUGGAAAAGGUUCACGUCCCCCUCUUUCUUGGCGGGCUGAACUACAUCCCUCCCGCCUCUGGAACCAACUACGGCAGCUGGGUCAUCGUUGGCUUGGUCUUUGGUCUCUGGAUUAAGAGAAACAGCAGAGGCUGGUGGCGCCGGUACAAUUUCGUGCUCAGCUCAGCGUUGGACUGUGCCACGGCCAUUGCAGGCAUCAUCAUCUUUUUUGCCAUAUUUUACACAGGAGCAUCCGAUAAGUUGUCUUGGUGGGGGACGACCGUGUAUCAGGACACUUGCGACUGGGACAGCUGUACAUAUAAGACAGUCCAAAAGGGGCAAACAUUUGGGCCAUAG